GUUCCUACUCGCAAAGACCUCACCCUCACCCCGCCCGCUCGGUCCCCGUCUCCAUCCCCCCCGAAACCAAUCUCCCGAGCGUCUCGUAUCGUAUCCAUAGACUGCACCACACCACACCUCUCACCUCGGUGCACAGCGGACCGGCGCAGCUCUGCAGUUCGUUUGGUGGCGCGCCUUUACUGCCGCCCAACCCCAUGACGGUUUAAUUGCCUCUGCCCGCCUGCCCUCCCUCGCUCGCUAUCUCAAUCUCUCGCUGGGAUGCUCCUGCCGCGGCGCCCCAGCCUGCGCCUACCAUAAGUAACGCGCGCUCCGCGGUGACUCACCGACGACGUUCGCAUUCACGCCCCAGCUACCACCAGGAGAUGGGCGAGAGGAGGAGGCGCGCGAGCGCCGUCGCCGGCGGGGACGGCCGGGGCGAGGAGAAGGCCGCGGCACCGGCGCCUGCGCCGGCGCCGACGGUGUGGUUCGCGCUCAAGAAGUCGCUGCAGUGCCGGUCCCAGUCGUCGGAGGUGCACGUGCCCAAGCCCAAGGCAAGCUCCAGCUCCAGCGCCGGCGGGCACCUCUCGUCCAUCAUGACCAAGCGCGCGGCGCGGUCGGGGUGCUCGCGCUCCAUAGCCAACCUGCGGGACGUCAUCCACGGGAGCAAGCGCCACCCGGGCCAGCCGCCCAGCUGCAGCCCGCGGUCCAUCGGCAGCAGCGAGUUCCUCAACCCCAUCGCCCACGAGGUGGUGCUCAGCACCAACUCCCGCUGCGAGCUCAAGAUCACCGGCUUCGGCGGGUGCGGCGGCCUCGGGGCGGCGGGGGGAGGAGCGCCCGCGCACGAGGCGGAGGGCGGCGGCGACGGCGGCGUCGUGUCGUCCUUCGUGGGCACGCUCCGCCCCGGCACGCCGGGGCCCGGCUGGAGCCACGGCCUGCAGUACAGCGGCUCGUGCCGGGCGGGCAGCAUGCGGUGCACGCCGCCGAGGUCGCCGAACCCGCUCCUGGACAGGGACGGCGCCCCCGCGGCCACGGCCCACCGGGCGUCCUGCGAGGUCGACGCCGCCAAGACCGGCGGCGCCAAGGGGUCCGGCGGCCUCAGCUGCCACAGGUGCGCCGAGCAGUUCGGCAAAUGGGAGGCGCUGGAGGCGCACCACCUAUCCAAACAUGCAGUGACGGAGCUGGUGGAGGGGGACUCGUCGCGGAAGAUCGUGGAGAUCAUCUGCCGGACGAGCCUGCUCAAGUCGGAGAGCAGCUGCGUGCGGAUCGAGCGCGUGUUCAAGGUGCACAACACGCAGCGGACGCUGGCCCGCUUCGAGGAGUACCGGGAGGCGGUGAAGCUCAAGGCGAGCAAGCUGGCCAAGAAGCACCCGCGCUGCCUCGCCGACGGCAACGAGCUGCUGCGCUUCCACGGCGCCACGCUCGCCUGCGCGCUCGGCUCCGCCGGCGCCAGCAGCCUCUGCGCCUCCGACAAGUGCGCCGUCUGCCGCAUCAUCCGCCACGGCUUCUCCUCCUCCAGCUCCAAGAAGGACGGCAAGGCCGGCGCCGGCGUCGGCGUCUUCACCACGUCCACCAGCGGCCGGGCCUUCGAGUCCGCCGACGAGGAAGACGACCCGGCAGCCGCGGCCGGCGGCGCGCGGAGGGCGCUGCUGGUGUGCAGGGUGAUCGCCGGGAGGGUGCACAAGCCGCUGGAGAACGUGAGGGAGUUCGUGGGGCAGACCGGGUUCGACUCGCUGGCCGGCAAGGUGGGGCCCUACGCCAACAUCGAAGAGCUCUACCUGCUGAACCCGAGGGCGCUGCUGCCGUGCUUCGUGGUCAUCUGCAAGCCUUGAUCCCGCGCUAACCGAGCACUCAAAUUAACCAUUCUUUUCUCUCUCGGUUGCCUCUUGCCUGCCACUCUGUUAACGUUUGCACGGGCUGUGACGCGGUGCGGCUGCCUGCUAGUAGCAUCGGCCAGAUGCGUUUUGUCCAUAUUCCUGUGAAUGUACGUGAAUGCCUUCACGUGUAGGAGCUGAUCGCUUCGCCGUUUUCCUUUCCCGGUGGUCACUACGCGGUGCUAUUUGCUAGACGACAUCGACGGAAACCAGCGAUGGCUUUUUGUACGUGCCCCAUUUUGUUGAUAGUAGGAGCACUUUGCAUGCGUGCGCAUCUGGCUACUUGCGUUCAUGCGUUGUGUACCCUCGUCGCAUGGACACCUGAACAAAUUUUACCGGCUGCAGAGCAUCAAGAUUCAAGAGAGGUACAAAGUGCCUAUGUCUGUAGGGUUAAUGCACCUUCCUGGUUUGUGCAAAGAGAGACAUAGUAGGGUUGUAUUUUGAAAUGUUUGUCUGACUUUUGGGUGGUCGUCUUCGAAUAGAUUCGAUUCCAUGCAUGCAUGCAUAUUUAUUUUCAA